AAUUUUUCUUUUGGCCCAUUCGGAUGUGGCCACGACGCGCGCGUUGUCCGUUAACAUUAUUCUUAUUAUUAUUGUUGUUAUUAUUUAGGCUUUAACUGUGGAUCCGAUCCGCUGCGCUUGCCCUUUCGUUUCUGUCGUGCAUAUAUUUGUGUUCCAGUUGCCGCAGCGUUCCCGAGUCCGGGUUGUGGGAGGAGAUGGCCGAAACGAUCAGCACUGCAGCCAGCAGCAUGGAGCUGGCCCUCAAGGACACCAGCCCCUCGGUGGCAGUGGGAGGGGGCCUCAUAGUGGAUAUGACGCCGACCACGGCAGCACUGUUGCACCACAAUGCACUGGCCCUGCGCAGCCUUAAGGAGGCUGCAGCCCAUCGGGAUGCGUCCGUCUCGGGAUCCGCCUCGGAAUCAGAGCUCCCGGAGCCGCGCUCGCCGACGCCGACCCCCACGAAUCUCAGUACUGGCGGCCCCCACUCGCCGCCCAUGACAUUCCGCUGCGAGAGAUGUGACAAUUUCGAAACGAGCUCCCGGGCCUCGCUGCUCCUCCACGUGGUGCAGUGUUUGGCCGGACAGGCGGCUGCGGCCGCGGCAGCUGCCUCGGUCCGUCUGAAGAGCGAGGAUCUGGGGGAGCCGGAGAACAUGAGCCUCAGCCACAUGGACACUGGAAAGCCAUCGUCGGACAACGUCGGGGGGUCCAGCUCCUCGGCCAGCUCCUCGCCGGCGGGCAAUGGCAGUGGCAACAGCAGCAGCUCCAGGAAGGUCUUCGAGUGCGACGUGUGCAACAUGAAGUUCUCCAACGGAGCCAAUAUGCGGCGCCACAAGAUGCGGCACACGGGCGUGAAGCCGUACGAGUGCCGAGUCUGCCAGAAGCGAUUCUUCCGCAAGGACCACCUGGCCGAGCACUUCACCACCCACACCAAGACGCUGCCCUACCACUGCCCCAUCUGCAAUCGCGGCUUCCAGCGGCAGAUCGCGAUGCGCGCCCACUUCCAGAACGAGCACGUCGGCCAGCACGAUCUGGUCAAGACCUGCCCUCUCUGCAGCUACCGGGCUGGGUCCAUGAAAUCGCUGCGCAUCCACUUCUUUAACCGGCAUGGGAUCGACCUGGACAACCCGGGGCCCGGCGGCACAUCCUCCCUGCUUCUGGCGCUCGAGUCGCAGGCUUCGGCGGCGGCGGCUGCGGCUGCUGCCAGCUAUGUCCCGCCCGGCAUGAGUCCCGUUCCCGUUCCCGUGCCCGUUACAGCCCAGCAGCAACAGCAGCAGCAGCAGUCGUCCUCGGUGGCGCCUCCUCCUGCCAGUCAUCAGAGCGACAGCGGGGAGUCGAUGCGCUCCCUGGAGAACGCCACACCGCCCAUGCACUUCCUCACGCCGCACGUGGAGAUCUCCACGCUAAGCGAGAACGGGAACACGGAGCUAUUCAACGGCAACAACAAUAACAACAUCAACAACAGCAACAACAACUGCAGCAGCAGCAGUAACAACAACAAUUGCAACAGCCACAACAACAACAAUACAAUUAGUGUGAUUAGCAAUGGAAACAGCGAGUCCAAUGCGGAGAAGGUGAAAGAUCGCGCCCUGAUCAUGCAGUCGCCGGUGGAGCUACAGCUGCCCAUGGACUGCAACACAAAGGCCACACCCAUCACGUCGAGCACCACGACAACGACGAGCCUCAAGAGCCAUCUCCAGCAGCACCACCAUCACCAUCACCACCACCACGAGAAUCACAUAACGCCCUCGAUCAGCCUGAUACCAAUCAAGCAGGAGCCAAUGACAGAGGAUGUGGACAAAAAGUUGCAGGUCAACGGCAGCGAUGCCAGCAGCGACACAGAACAAUCUUCCAACCACAGCAGCAACAACAACAACAACAACAACAACAACAACAGAACCUCACUGAUUAAGGUCUCACCAUUGAAAUCUCUCCUGCGAGAGGAUCUGAAACGUCGAAUAUGCGCCAAGGCCAACAACCGGAUCACACGGAAUGCCACACCCCUGGAGAACAACAGCGUGCUGUCGAACAGCCUGAGCAAUGGGUCGGGUUCGGGUUCUGGAUCGGGUGGCGUAAACAGCAGCAGUAACGGCGGUGGCACGCCCGCAUCAGCGGUGCCGAAUCCCAGCAACGGGUCCGGCUCCACACAGAUCUGCAACGGCACGAUCACGUCGACGGGGCAGGAUGGGGAUCUGCUGAAUCGCAAGCUCAUCCUCACCUGCCACUUCUGCGGCAUCGAGUUCCCCGACGAGACGCUCUACUUCCUCCACAAGGGCUGCCACUGCGAGAGCAAUCCGUGGAAGUGCAACAUCUGCGGCGAACAGCUGAACAACGUCUACGACUUCAAUGCUCAUCUGCUGAGCAAGAGUCAUCAAUAGCAGCCACAGUUCGCCAGCGGCAUCUAAGCCUGCUUGCUGGCACUUUGAUGGGGUGGUGGGUGGGGUCUGGCGCAGGAGGAGAGAACCUCCACACCUGGACACGGAUGCGAGAGCAAAUGCGAAUUCGAAUGCGAAUGCGAAUGCUUAUUCCGAAUAUUUACUUAGCUCAAUUUUGAGAGAUUUUCCACAACCAGGCACACAGUUACGCUCAGAGCAAAUGAUUAUACACCUACCAUCUAGUUGUACAUCUAGAUCUACGUUUACAUCUACAUUAUACAUAUAUAGUUAUAUAUAGAGAUAACACUCAUCAUAUUUUUAUGACCUGCAUGCGGAGCCUCUGCAGGCGAGGCAGCAUGGAAUGAGAGCUACGUAGUUACCUUAUCCCUUAACGAAUCGAAACUUUACAUGAACGUUUAACGUGACAAGGAAAAGAAACAAACAGAAACAGAAACAACAGAAUAUGAUGUUGAAUAUCUUCCCCGAACAGAACAGAUACGAACCGAAUCGAACCGAACCCUGUUAUGUAGUGUUAUUAUGCAUUAGGUUUAGUAGUUUUAGUCUUUAAGUCUUGGCAAUAAUUUCCAGCCGGUUCAACUGGCAGCAACACUUACGUCAUGAUGCGAUAUGUAAACGGAAUACGUAACAAGUACAGUACUUUCCUGUGACGUAAGUGAUCUUAAGUCGGUUUAGUGCAUUGUAGUUACGGGACGCCUCAAAGGUGGCAAUUUAUGGUUUUAAACUGGGCAGACCAUCCGGCCUCCACUCAUCAUAUACACACAUCGAACAUAGCAUCGUAUAUGCACAACAUACAUAUGCAUGCAUACUCGUAUGUACAUCAAAAUGCCUAAACAUGUUCAUCAAAGGCUUUAAAUUUGUUAUGUUUUCAGAGUUUAAUAGAACAGCAACAAGUUUAAUUAUACAGAUCUAUAUGAAAAGCAAUAUAAGCAACGUUACAUAUAUGUAAAACAGGAUAUAUAUAAACACACACACAUAGCCAGGUUAUAUACAAGACCCUCACUCACACUAACACAGGUACAGAUACAUACAUAGAUGCAAAUACAGAUACCGAUACAGACAUAGAAACAGUUUGUUUUAGCUUAGCAAGAGGUUAACGAAUUUUGAAUUCAAUUAUUAUAAUCGUUACUUUUACUUAACAAAAAACAAAUCAAAAACAAAGCAAAAACAAAACAAAACAAAAGCAGCAAAGAAAGCAAUAAAAAGAAGCAAUGAAGUAACGGCAACGUAGCAAAAGUAACAUUUCGAAUAUGUAUAUCCGCACAGUGCUGCUCAACAGUUUGCAUACAACGCCCACUGUGUGUCCAAAGCAUAGCAACCUUUUUUGAAACAAGCAAAACGCAAAGAACAUGCAAAAAUUACAAUUGUGAUACGAAAUUGUUGUAAAUAAUUGGUAAACUGAAACAUGGAUUAACAUGAAAUGAAAACCUUAUUGUUUAGAUAAAAACUAUGCCUUAGAUGCCUAUGAUAUAGCAUUACAUAAGUACACACACAUACAAACACACACACACACACAUUUAUAAAUAUACUGACAAGUAUAUAGAGGUAGAUAUACAUCCAUGAUACGAGCACGUGUGCGCGAACACUGUACAAAGGAAACAAAAUGGAGAAGCCAACGGGUCACGAAGCUGUUGAUUAGUAUAGUUAACUUUAGUGUAAAUCAAAAUUUACAAUAUUCCCCUAAUUCCUUGCCCCUUUCCCUCUUCCCGUUCCCAGUUCCAUUCUCUCCUACCUCCUGCCCCACUAUAAACCCGUCGCGGGCUGUAUGCAGUCAGCAAGGCGUCACUGUGCGCAAAAUUUUACUUCAGAUUAACAUCCGUCCAUGAUGUUCACAAAUUUCUAGGCCUGAUAGCGAAAGUAAACCACUUAUUCAUAAAAAAUCUGUGUAAAAAAUGAAGAAGAUAAGGAACGUAAGCUAAACCCAUCCCCAAUGUGUAGGUUCUUCUCUUUCGGUUGUUAAUGAUCUUUACACUUAGUUAGAAUUAAUCAUUAGUCGGAGAUUUUUGUUAGACUUUUUAUUUGUUUCUCAUCUCUGUUAGCGCAUUGUACAUUUUAUCUUCUUCUUCUAGAUAUGGUAAUCGUUUUUUACAAUCUGUUGCUCUUCUCUAGCCAAUUCCCUUGUGUAAAAAUGGUUUGUU